AAAAUGAUAAUGCCUUCUAGAAAACUUAUCAGAGCCAUCACAGUCCAACAAAAUAAAUUAUUUAAAUAAAUAUUUUAAACAAAAGUUUAGUAACAAAAUCAUAAAUAAUAUUAAUUUUCUUUCACUUAUUAAUGUAAGAACAGUAAAAAGUAUGCUUAAGUUUAGAUUGCCAGAAGUAAUUGAAUCAAAUUGUAGAAGAAGAGAAGAUUCAAAAACAAUUAUAGGAAGUCACAAUGGAAAACAAAGAUAAAUAGUUAUAAUCUUUAGAGAAUCAGCAACUUAAGUAAACUUAAAUUCAAACAUAAUAAUAAAUCAUUCAACAAUCUCAUUAAUUAAUACAAAAACCAUUUUUUUAUCAAUUAAUAUAGAAUAAUUCAAUUAAAUAAGACAGUAAAUGUUAUCAAUAGCAAUUAAUAAGGAUUGUUCAAUUUUAAUAGCUGGGUGUAAAAAAGAAAUUAAAGUAUUUGAAUGGAAAUAAGAAGUUUUAAAACAAACUCAACUUCUCAGUGAACAUUAAGGUGAUGUAUUUACUUUAAAUUUUAUGAAAAAAUCUAAUCACUUUAUUUCUGGAAGUGAGGAUUAAUCAAUUAUCAUAUGGUCUGUGAAUCAAAGCAAUAAAUGGAUUUGCUAAUAGAGAUUAAAUUAACAUAACGGUUGGAUAUAUUGUUUAGUAUUGAAUAAUAAUGAAGAUUUGAUCAUUUCAGGUAGUAGAGAUUGUGCAAUUAAAUUCUGGACUAAAUAGAAUCAAUGGCUAUGCGAAUAAACUAUCACAGAUCAUACAAAUUAUGUAUUAGGAUUAAGUUUAAAUUAACAAUAGAAUAAAUUGAUUUCAUGCGGAUAUGAUGCAUUAAUAUUAAUAAUAGUACAAUCAUAAUAGGAUUCUAAAUGGAUUGUAAUUUAGAAGAUAAAUAUUGAAACAUUUGUUAGUCGAAUAUGCUUUAUUAAUGAUAAUGUAUUCAUUUUUUAACCAGAUGAAAUAGAAUAAAUGUAUGUUUAUGAAAUAAACAAUACAAAUAAAUAGUAUUUAAAGACACAAGAUAUUUUUGUUAAGGGUGGUAGUAGUGAUAGCUUGUUAUUUUCUUUAUAAUUUAUAAAAUCAAAAUGCCUGCUUGUAAAUAGGAAUGACAAAUAUGUGAAUUUGAUAAGGGCAAAGGAAAAUGGAGAGUAUUAAAUUGAAUAAGUAAUUGAAUUUGGACAUAUUAAUUUAUUUGGAUGUAUGAGUGAUGAUGGGGAGUAUUUGAUAACUUGGGAUUAGGGUUCAAAAGAAAUUCAGAUAAGAAAUUACAAUGAAAUAUGAAAUAAAACACG